CCACCUACUAUUUUGAAAAAGUCAAUUAAGUCCACGUACUAUUUUUCAAUCAAUUAAGUAUACAAAGUCUCAAAUUUUCACCAAUUGGGUCAUUUAAUCGGUAACUAACCGGUAACCCUUCUAGUGUUGCGGUGGAUGCCACUUAAAUAUUUUGUACUUUUUUUUUAUUUUUUCCCAUUUUGUUUUUCAUUUUUAUUUUUUUUCUUUCUCCUGCUUGUCUCUGUAACUCAGCCCCCUUCCCCAUUUCGUCUCUGCGAACUCCCCCUGCUUUAUUCCGUUUUUUCUUAUUCCCAUUUUUUCUCUGCAACUUCUCCCAUCUUCUUCUAUCUCUUCUUCUUCCCUACUUCUACCCCACGGCUCCACCUGACCUCCCCCUCCCUUCAUUCUUUCCCAUCCAGUAGUUCACCCCCAUCUAGCCUUCUUUCCCUUUUUUCUUUUCUCCUUUCUCUUCUUCUCCAUUCUACAACUUCUACCUCAACGGCUCAACCGACCUUCUAUCCCUCCUCUUUCAUGGCUAGAGAAGGAGAAUAUGGCAACCCGCCGGCAACCCUUGCUCCUCUUCAAUCGCAACCAGACGGCGGUGGCAGAGCUCGACGGCGGCAGCAGCAGAGCUCGACGGAGAUGGAAAUGGAAGAUACAGAGAUCGACAGUGGAAGAAAGAUGAAAGCUAGAGGGGGAGAAGGAAGGAAGAAAGAGGAGAAGAGAAAUAAGAAAAGGGGAGGAGUUGCAGAAAUGGGAGAAGGGGGAAGAAGAAAGAAUUAAAAAAAGGGAAAAGAUAAUCUAAUGCCACACAGACGCCAAUGAAGCGCUGACAAGGAAAAAAAGCCAUGUGGAAGUUCCACAUAGGCGGAUUAACAGGGAAACCGACCCAUUACCGGAGAAAAAGGCAUAUUUGGUCAUUUUUGAGUACUUGAUAGACUUAAUUGAUUGAAAAAAUAGUAUGUGGAUGACUUUUUUGAAAUAGUAGGUGGACUGAUUUGACAGUUUUCCCAAACUUAAACUAAUGUCCUCGCUUAGUAUUUUAGCUUUAGUGACAAAACCGACAAAAAGAUUCCCACGAUUGAAUUACAUAUGCGACAAAAUUAAUAAAACAAGUCACCUAUUAAAUAAAAUAUUCCUA